AUGGAUUUCCAAAAACCAGCAAUACCACUUUCUGAUAUUACGGCUAUUUCACAAUCAUCAUCUAUUUCUCCUGGAGAAUAUGAAUGUGGCGGAGGAGGAAAAGGAAAUCAUGAGUAUCUUAUUGCUCGACUAGAUGAUACCAACACUUACAAACUUCAGAGUAUACGAGUGCCAGAUAGUCGAUCAAAUGUAGCUGGGAUCCAAUCCGAAGAAAUUGAUGGUAUUUCGGAAUUACAACCUAAUUCAACUUGGUAUUAUUGUAGUCAAAAGAGUACUUCUUCAAUUGGUCCAACAUUUUAUUAUCCAAAUAUUACAGAUUUUAUGUUGGUUCUAGUAGUUGACGAUAUCGAUAAAUAUUUAUCAACUUCCUCUUCCUCUUCGUCGCCGCCAUCGUUCAGUUAUUAUCCUGAUGUUUCAUGUGCUUCUAAACCUAUAAGAAGAUGUUUGAAAAAUAGUAAAACUAUAGUUCUUAGUUCAUAUGCAAAUUAUUGUUUAGUUGUUGUAAAUCCAAGUGUUAACACUAUUGAUUUCUCGAUCGCGUUAACCUUUGAUAAAAAUACUCAAAUCUCAAAUGGUGGCGAUAAUCGCAAUAAAAUGAUUGGAAAGAUUUUUGUAAAUGUCAUUGUAAUCGCUUUAAUUGUUUUCUUGAUUGUCUAA